AUGUUGGGACGAACAGGAAGUUUGGGUGGACGUUGCAGGUUUGAGCUCCAGCUGUGCCGCUCCCUCUCCCCUCCCCCCCCGGAACUACGUUACCCAGCAGGCAGCGGGGGCAGGAAGUACAGGAAUGCGCAGGAGGCGGGACAGAUGGGUUCAGCUCAGAUCAACCACAUCUUAAAGGCCAACGAGUACAGCCACAUCCUCCCCAGAGGCCCGGCGUCCCACGGUGUCCUUGGUUUCCAUAGCAACAUGUUACCGUCCAACCAUCCCGGUGAGGACCGUCGCAGCAGCGCCACCUGCCUGCCGGGCCGCGGCGGGGUGCUGUUUGGUGUGUUUGACGGACACGCGGGCCCAGCGUGCGCUGACGCCGUCAGUCAGAGGCUUUUCUACUACAUCACCGUGGCAACGCUGCCGCUGAGGAUGCUGGAAGAGCUGGAACGGGCGGUGGAGGAGGACCGGCCCGUCCCCCCCCUGCUGGAGUGGCACAAACACCCCCAAGACCACAGCUGCCCCGACGGGGGGGCAACAUCCUUCCACAGCCUCAGAAACUACUGGCUGGAGAGACUGCAGGAGGAGGAGGAGGAGGAGGAUGGCGACAUGUUGAGUUCAGCGCUGGUCAACGCUUUCCGGCGACUCGACUAUGAUCUUUCUGUGGAGGCGCAGGUCCACCUGUCCUCGUCCAGACGCGUGUCCCUCCCUGGGGAGACGGGGUCUCUGUCCUGCCCCCUGCGGGUGGCGCUGUCGGGCUGCACCGCCUGCGUCGCCCACAUCUCCAACGGCAUCCUGCACGUGUCUAACCUGGGGGACAGCCGGGCCGUGCUGGGCGUCCAGGAUCCGGACGGGCGCUGGUCCGCGGUCAGUCUCACCAACGACCACAACGCCGAGAACCCCGACGAGCUGCAAAGGAUUCUGGGAGAGCACCCGCCAUCGGAGCUGAGGACGGCGGUCCGCCAUGACCGGCUGCUGGGUCUGCUGCUGCCCUUCAGGGCGUUCGGAGACGUCCGCUUCAAAUGGAGCGCAGAGAUGCUGAGUCGAGUCUACGAAACCCGACCGGACGUCCUGUCUGCGGUCAGCGAGGCGGUCCGGACGCUGCCGCCGCACUACCUGACCCCCCCGUACCUCAGCGCCGUGCCGGAUGUCACCCGCCACCGCAUCACGCCUGCUGACAAGUUCCUGGUCCUGGCAACCGACGGACUCUGGGAGCUGAUGCACCGACAGACGGUCGUCCAGCUGGUGGGACAACAGCUGACAGGUCUUCAGCAGCAGAGACCCAUAAUUCCCGGCGUGGGCGCGACGCUGGGCGGCCUGCAGCGCUUCCUGCUGGAGAGGAAGGGGCGGGUCCUGUCGGUGCUGGAGGACCUGAACGCCACCACCCACCUGCUCCGUCACGCGCUGGGAGACGACGGCUACGGAGCAGUGGCGCCAAACCGCCUCACCAAGAUGCUGAGUCUGCCGGCAGAUCUGGCGCGGAGAUACCGCGAUGACAUCACCAUCACCGUCGUCCACCUGAACGAGCCCGACCUGUAACGCGCUCAGCUGACCGUCA